AUGACUUGAUGAAAACGAACGAAGAAGCCACAUCAUGUGAUGACUCCUGACAGUCUUGUAAAUACAACCGAGGGUUUCUCCGUCAACUUCCGAUCAAUGGGAUUGGGGCUAGCUGAUCCCAUUUUGCAUGAUCAUCAUGCAUCUCCUCCGGACCCAAUUUUCCUUCCAAAAUCAACCAUCUACAACCGGAGUUGCACUCGUUUUUCAAAACCGUUUCUUACACCAGCUGAAGAUUUUCCGGCUACACGCAACGAGAGAGUAAAAGUUGCUCUUCAACGCAUCAAUAAAUGUCAACGUUAUUCUGGUUGCAAUCUUCAUAAUGCGAUUGCUCGGUGGGAUACACACUUUCAGACUGGUGCUCAAACGCUCUUGUUGCAUCCCUUUUCGCCAUUUUUGAUUGCUUCAGAUGACGCUGGAGGAGGAGGAGGAUGCAUCAGGAUAUGGGAUUACGAGGAAGCAACGUUGCUUAAUAGUUUCAAUAAUCAUGAAUCCCCUGGAAAAGAGAUAUCAAAACUAUGCUUGGUGAAUGAGUUUGUUGCUUGUAGCCUCAAGUGAUGGAAAUGUGCGUGUAUGGAAAGAUUACACAAUUAAGUGCAAACAGAAACUCGUAACUGCAUUUUCUUCCAUUCAUGGUGUCACUGUCAGGAGUGUUAAUCCUGUAGUUGAUUGGCAGCAGCAAUCUGGCUAUAUGUAUGCUUCGGGUGGGAUUUCAUCAACCAUGGUAUGGGACCUAAAUAAAGAGCAACUUCUAAGCUCUAUUCCUCUAUCAUCAGUUUGCAGCAUUUCAGCAUUGGCUGCUUCUCAAGUUCAUGGGGGUCAAUUUGCAGCUGGAUUUAUGGACGGUUCUGUUCGGUUAUAUGAUAUUCGAACACAUAAAGGGCUUGUUUGUGUUACCCGACCCCACGCCUUGAGAGUAGAACGAGUUGUCGGAAUCGGUUUUCAACCCGGACUUUAUCCCGCAAAGAUUGUGAGUGCAUCUCAAGCAGGAGACAUUCAAUUCCUAGAUAUCAGAAACCAAAGUGAAGCCUACCUGACCAUCGACGCGCACCGUGGAUCACUAACCGCAUUCGCUAUACACCGGCACGCACCACUUGUAGCCAGUAACUCAGCCAAACAACUCAUCAAAGUCUUCAAUACCGAAGGUGAACAAUUGGACACCAUUCGCUACUCACCAAAUUUCAUGGCCCGAAAAGUAGGGUCCGCUACUAGUCUUGCUUUCCACCCUUACCAAAUACUAUUAGCAGCCGGUUCUACCGAUGCCUGUGUUUCCAUCUAUGCUGAUGAAGUCGAUGCCUGAGUUUCAUAG